AGUUAAAUGGAAGCCAUUCCUGGGAUCUGGAUGGUUUCUACUGACAUAGACUUUGCAUAGCAGCUCCGUUACAUCAGGAGGUUGCAAUGAGUGGAGGAGGAGAGCAGCCUGACAUCCUCAGUGUGGGAAUCUUGGUCAAAGAAAGAUGGAAGGUGCUGCGGAAAAUAGGAGGUGGAGGAUUUGGAGAAAUCUACGAUGCACUGGACUUGCUUACUCGGGAAAAUGUUGCACUGAAGGUCGAAUCAGCUCAGCAGCCAAAGCAAGUGCUGAAAAUGGAAGUAGCCGUGUUGAAGAAAUUGCAAGGAAAAGAUCAUGUCUGUAGAUUCAUAGGAUGUGGAAGGAACGACAGAUUUAACUAUGUGGUCAUGCAGUUGCAGGGUCGGAACUUGGCAGACCUGCGUCGGAGCCAGUCUCGAGGAACAUUCACCAUUAGUACCACUUUACGGCUUGGAAAGCAGAUUUUGGAAUCUAUUGAAAGUAUUCAUUCUGUAGGAUUUCUGCACAGGGAUAUAAAACCGUCUAACUUCGCAAUGGGACGUUUUCCUAGCACCUGUAGGAAGUGUUAUAUGCUGGAUUUUGGCUUGGCACGGCAAUUUACCAACUCAUGUGGGGAUGUCAGACCACCACGAGCUGUCGCUGGGUUUCGAGGAACAGUACGAUAUGCAUCAAUCAAUGCUCAUAGAAACAGAGAAAUGGGUCGGCAUGAUGACCUCUGGUCCCUGUUCUACAUGUUGGUGGAAUUUGUGGUUGGGCAGCUGCCUUGGAGAAAAAUAAAAGAUAAGGAGCAAGUGGGCUCCAUUAAAGAAAGGUACGAGCACAGACUUAUGUUGAAACAUCUUCCCCAAGAAUUCAGCGUCUUUCUGGAUCACAUUGCUAAUUUAGAUUACUUUACAAAGCCCGAUUACCAGCUUCUCAUGUCUGUGUUUGACAAUAGCAUGAAAACAUUUGGGGUUAUUGAAAGUGACCCUUUUGACUGGGAGAAGAGUGGAACUGAUGGCUCUCUGACCACAACAACAACUUCAACCACACCUCAGUUACAUACUCGUCUUACUCCGGCUGCGAUUGGAAUUGCCAAUGCCACUCCUAUCCCAGGAGACUUGCUGCGAGAAAACACAGAUGAAGUGUUUCCUGAUGAACAGCUCAGUGAUGGAGAGAAUGGUAUUCCUGUUGGUGUCUCACCAGAGAAACUACCUGGAUCCCCUGGACAUCAGCGUCCUCAGGAAAAAGAUGUUUGGGAAGAAAUGGAUGCAAAUAGAAACAAAAUAAAACUAGGGAUCUGUAAGGCUGCCACAGAGGAAGAAAAUAGCCAUGGGCCAGUGAAUGGCAUGCUUAAUGCCCCGAGCCUCGGUUCUCCGAUUCGUGUUCGUUCGGAGACCACUCAGCUAGACAGAGAUGUCCCACUGGUGCGAAAGUUACGUUCAAUUCACAGCUUUGAACUGGAGAAGCGUCUGACGUUGGAGUCAAAGCCAGACACUGAUAAAUUUCUUGAGACCUGUUUGGGGAAGAUGCAAAAAGACUUGAAUGCUACGGCAGAGACUCCUGUUGCUGCUGUUCCUCCUCUUUCUCAGAAAACGCCUGCUCCUGUGGCUGCCCGCACGGACCAUGUUUGGCACUAUGAUGAAGAGUAUCUUCCAGAUGCUUCAAAGCCUGUGUCAGCUAGUUCUCCAGAACAUGCUGAUGGUGUUAUUAGCAAUGGAUUUGUAGCUGUUAACUUAAGCUCCUGCAGGCAGGAGGUUGAUUCUAAGGAAUGGGUAAUAAUAGAUAAGGAACGGGACUUGCAGGACUUCAGAACAAAUGAGGCUUUAGGGCACAAAGCAACUGGAAGUCCCUCAGAUGAAGAGCCAGAGGUACUACAAGUUCUAGAGGAGUCUCCUGCAGAAGAGCAACCCAGACAGGGUGGUUGGGCAGGAAACAAUGUCCAUGCCAAGAACCAGACCUCAGGUGUGGAGUUAGUUCUAGCCAUGGAGUGUCAUCCUCCUGCUUCUGAACAACUUACAGAUAAAUUGGAACUUCUGUCAGGAGCUGCUGGACAGCUCGCAGCCACUCCUACAAGUCCUAUGGAAGCUCAAGCAGAAGGAGCACUCACUCCGCUGAACUCAUCUCAUAUGCUGCAUUUCUCCACUCCAAGAAUUUCAAGUCCCAUUCUCCGUACCAUGAGCCCUAUAGCCAAUCUAUCCAUCCACUUGGACCCUCUGAAAGAGGCUGGUUUACCAAGGAGUCAAUCGGCUGAGAGCCAUUCCUCUUCCUCCCGCUCAACUGGUCGUAGGCAGCUUCCUGUCAUUCCCUGUGGCAACAAGUUCCCCCCUGUCAUUCGCAUCACAAAAGCACAACUUCAGCAGAUAACAAUACCCAGACCUUCAGUGGCAUCCACACAGUCUGCUUCUGAGAGCUUUCAUUAUGGCCACCAACUGGAGAAAAGAGAGCAGGAUGCUCCGUCUAUGGAACACACUGUGGAAAUUUCCUCUCCAAAGGAAAGUUUUCCAGGUGUGGUUGUGACAGAAGAUGCACUUCCAGAUAGUGCCAGCAGACCAGAUUUGGUACUUAAUAUGAGCCAAGAGGUGCUUGACACAGAAGGACUUGUCAAAGAAAGCGUCAAUGUCCUGGACUGUGGCCAACAGGACCUACCUGAGCAACAUGGCGGGAUACAGGAAGAGAAAGAACUUGAAAAUAUUCUUUCAGAGGAGGUUGAGGAAGAAAAGCUUCCGGUGGUUUCUGAGGAUGCCAUUGCAAUGCAAAGCAAAGAACAGAAUUCCUUGCCAGGAAACUCAAAAUCUGCAGAGGAAGAACCUCUAACGAACACUGAAGCUGCUGAAGAAUCAAAGCCAGGACCUGUCAGUUUGAUACCAAAUCAAGAUGAGGUUCUGAAAUCGAUAGCACCUAAAACAUCAGAAAUUUCUCCCUCAAGACUUACCAACUCACAUGUUAAUAGGCAGACAAGCAAAACAGCACCAGUUCAGGAAAACGGUUUUCAUUCUGAUACGGAAGAAGUCCAUAUCCAAGACUUGAAAUGCCACCAAGUGGCCCUUAGUACUUUUCUGCAUCAGGAGGACAAAAAAGAGAAAAAUGCUCCCAGAAAUGGAGAACUGUUCCACUGCAUUUCAGAAAAUGAGAAUUCUCAUCGAUCUAAGAAGGACUUGGUUAAAUCUCCUUUUGUAUUCAGGCAGAGCCGAAUCCCAGUUUUAGCACAAGAGAUAGACUCAACUUCAGAGUCCUCUUCUGUUUCAGCAAAGGAAAAGCUGCUUCUAAAAAAGGCCCAUCAGACAGACUUGGUCAGACUACUUAUGGAAAAGAGACAACUUAAAUCUUUCCUUGGUGACCUUUCAAGUGCCUCUGAUAAGUCACUGGAGGAAAAAAAGGCUGCUGCUCCAGUACCUUUUUCUGAGGAUGAUGUCUUAUCCUCAUUUUCUAGAUUGACACUGGACUCUCAUUUCAGCAAGCAGACAGAAGAUAGCUCUUUAUCUCCAAGCAGCCCUCAGUCCAGAAAAAGCAAGAUUCCAAGGCCAGUGUCCUGGGCAGCCACUGAUCAAGUCACCAGUUCAAAUUCAGCUCAAUUCUUUCCUCGGCCACCACCAGGAAAACCACCUGCUAGACCUGGGGUAGAAGCUAGGUUGCGCAGAUACAGAGUCCUAGGGAGUAGCAGCUCGGACUCAGAUCUUAUCUCACGUCUGGCUCAAAUCCUACAGAAUGGAUCUCAGAGACCAAGGAGUUCUACCCAGUGUAAGAGUCCAGGAUCUCCACAUAGUCCAAAAACACCACCCAAAAGCCCUGUCAUCCCCCGACGCAGUCCCAGUGCCUCCCCUAGGAGCUCUUCCUUACCCCGUACUGCCAGUUCUUCUCCGUCCCGGGCUGGGAGACCCCAUCAUGAUCAGAGGAGUUCAUCCCCACAUCUUGGGAGGAGUAAAUCACCUCCUAGCCAUUCAGGCUCCUCAUCUUCUAGGAGAUCCUGCCAACAAGAGCACUGCUGCAACAAACCAAGCAAGAAUGGUCUGAAAGGAUCUGGCAGUUCCUUCCACCAUUCCCCAAACACUAAGACUCCCAUAGGAAGGAGCAAAUCAACCACUAAGCUUAGCAGAUAGGAACUGGGCCUUGACAGGUAUAGAACCUCCUCCUAAAUCUGAUGCAUGUUUUGUCUGUGUACUGUGUAUUUAAAAAAAUAAUCAAAAAAUAUAUUAAAAAAAAGAAGGUGUUGAAUCUGCGCUUUUAAAAGACAGUAAGCUUCAUAAACUGUUCAUAAAAACAUUCUGUGUAAAUAAGUGGCCAGGCAUUGCCUAAGAGCAGGCAGCAAGCAGAUCCGCAAGAGGGGAAGUAGAGGCCAGGAUAAGAAUGACUAGGUAGUCAAAGAGGUGCAAUGUAUUUAGAAUAAAAAAUAUCUCUAAUGUGAGUGUUUUGAAAGGAUAUUUAUUUCUAUGUUUUUAGUUUACCUAGCUAGAAGAUUGGCCUAAUUAUUUAAGGCCUUAUGUAAUCAAGGAGUACAUAAGAAAAACCUGAAACGGUUAUUCCCAAAAUGACAUCAUCACGUUGGGAGAUAAGUGCUGCUCAAGCAUGUCUUUGCAGUUUAAAAGAAGCACACAGUUUUGAAGACGAUGGUAUUUCUACCUUUUAAGUCUCUUCCAUUUUGAGCUGCACACAUCUCUGAAUCACUAGUGCUUAUCUUGUCUCCUGUCUACGGUGGCAUGGAUUUUUUUACCUAGGGAAGUAUCAUAUACCUUACCCCUUCUUGACACUGAUAACAUUAAAAAUUUAAUAUGAACAUUUCCCAAGAUGGUUUUGUAGCUGUGUUCUUUAGAGGUGUGUUUAAUACUAAUUAAGAUUGGAGAAGCUGAUUCUCAGUUACUUAUCAUACACUUCUUGGGAGUCACAGUGUGAUUCUUCAGCCGAUGUUCAGUAGAAUCUGGAAAAGCAUUCCUGUCUAGAAAAUGAGAUAAAGGAGGAGGUGUCUGCACUUCAUUGAAUGUUGCAAAUUUACAAUAAAUAGCAAUGUAAGUUAGAAAACAAGUUAGAAAACAAAUUAGAAAACUGAAGUAGCUUUUUUCCCUUAGCUGCAAAAAGAACCCUUGUCAAUGCCGGCUUUUGUUUUUCCUUUAGUUAUGGAUCACUGAAACCACUGAUCUUGCCGGACAGAGUUGAUUACCAACCAAGAUUUCUUUUUUUGAUUAUUUGUUUUAUAAAAACUUGAAAGAUGAAACAGAGAUGGGGAGAUUGUCUGAUUUGUGAACUUCGUAAGCUUUAGAUGACAGAAAUAUAUUUAACACCCUUACAAAAUCUGGGUAAAAAUAUUAGUCAUAAUACACAGAAAACAAUCUGAGGUAUCUUUUACAUUGGGUUCUUGUCAUUCUUUUGCCCAAAUGGUUCCUUAAUAGCCAAACGUUAGUGUCUGUCACUAAAGUCCAUGGUGUCUUAAUUCCUCCCAACUUUGUUUCAUAGGCACUUAAUAAUCCCUUGUGCUCUACAGGAUCUCUGUAGGGAACAUAAUGGUACAGCACCUUUUGCUAUACUCAGAAGAGAAUAGCAGGCUCGAAUAGUUAAAGAAUGCAAGCCUGAGAAGACUGCAGCCAGCUCUCCGUGAUUAUCCCUGGUGUAGGGAUGCUGGAUGCGUAGGAUACUUGUCAAUUACUGAUCUGCUUGCUGUAGUCAUCUGCCUCUCCAGCCAGUAUCUGUGCUUUUUUGUUUAACUUCUGCCAAAUGAAUACCUUUGGAUUAUAAAGGGAAUAUUUUUGUCUCUGAGCUAACACAUUCUAAUGCUGCAUUAAAGCUGCCCUGGAGCUGCACUGAAUUUCACGUGCAUUGUCAGACUAUGUUGAUUUUGUUUUUUUCCUUUUCUUACUAUGAAUGUGUGUAUUGUUUCCCAUAUGUAAUGUAGCACAGUGUGGAACCUUAAUUUCAUUCAGGUUUCGAGCACUACAGAUGAAUGCAAUAGGUAGGAUAUACCUGCUUUUUUCUGAAGAAACUGUACCAUUGGAAAGUCUAUUCCUUUGUAUUAUAUUGUAUAAUAGGUGCUAUUCCAAUAAUUGCAUGUCCUCAUGGUAAAUUAUAUAAUAUAAAUAUUUAUAUAUAUACAUAUAUGUAUAUGCUUAUAUAAAUUCAUUCUUUUUCAUUUUUCAUUUGUAAUUUAUGGACCACAAAUAAUGCAGUUCCCUUUCCGUUAGUUCCUGAGUACUUUUGGCAUUACAUUCUGUAUUUCUCCCCUAAAAUUUCUGGAAUGCAAAAAUUCUAAUAGCCUUUAUACAUUGGUACAAGAUUGAAGGACUGCUGAUUUCUCAACCAGCCAAUGUUUUGUCUUGCGGCUUGCUUUUUUCCUUUAUAAUUUUGUGUGUGCAUUUGCGUAUGGAAAAAUAACAGAGACUCAAAGGUAUUUUAUUUUUAGCUACAAAUAGGGCUUGUGGUUACUAAUUUUUAUUUCAUAAUGUGAGUUCUUAAUUGUUCUGAAUACUCAUCAUAUAGGAGCAGUGGCAGUCAAUGAAUACCUAUAAAUGAAUGUGACAACAACAAAUUCCAUAGUUCUCUUCCUGUUUUCCUCAUGUUUCUUUACAGUAUACCAUAAAAAGAAUUUGAUGCCAUUGUGAUGGUUUUGCCCUGGGCACUGCUGGAAUUAUUUGUUAAAGUGGUGUGGCAGCAUAUGAUCGUUUUAACUCUUGCUUAUUUCUGAAAAGCAUUUAUUACGGUCUCAUAAGCUUAUUCCUAUGUUAACACAGUUUUAAUAGGUACCAACUUUAUGUAUCCUUGCCUGAAAUGCUGAAGUUAAGGUGUUUAUAUUUUUCUCUCCAGUGUGGCAGGAUCCAGAAACAGGUAAUUGCUUUACAGGUGAGAAAGAAUAUGACACCUAAGGCUUUUUUUUUUUAAUGUUGUCUUCAAAGUACAGACAUGUCCAUUAUUACACCUUGCUAUGUAAAAUAAAUUAAUGCUGUAGAAAUUCACUUGUACUUGAACUACUUGCCAAUGUAAAAACAGUAAACUAUGCCGAACCAGAGAGACUGAUGACCCAGGCUUCUUUCAGUGCAUAAAAAAGGACUGUACAUCCCCAGUUGCUUUUUGCUGUGGAUCCAACAGGAUCUAGUGAGAAAAUAAUGAAGCUAUGAAUGGAGAAUUGAUUGUGAAUAACUUACCUUGAACUACCUGCUCUUCUGCAGGUUUUUUAUUGCUUGAUAUCCUCCC